AUGUCUGACAAUCCAUGGGAAAUAGACGAGACGAAGAGCGGUCUCGUCUCUAUUGGCAGCCACCGCUUGCAGUUGAGCGUUGCUGGGCCGCCUAGAAAGCCAAAUGAACCGGCAGUUGUCAUCAUGGCCGGGCUGACGAGCAGUGUCCUUGAAUGGCCUGCUACUAUUCGUCUCCUGAGCAAAUUUGUGCGGACAGUCUCUUAUGAGCGGCCGGGAUUUGGUGCUAGCGACAACCCUCCACCAGAAGUACAGCCUACAUCCACUAGAAUGGCACUUGAGCUGGAUCUUCUUCUCAAAGCCGCCAACAUCAAGCCACCGUACAUCAUAAUCGCACAUUCGUAUGCAGGGAUCACGUCGCGCGAGUUCAUUCACCUACACAAAGACAGUUUGGACGACAUCGCUGGCGUUGUCUUUGUUGAUGCCAAUACCGAGGAGACACCACCAAUGCGCCCUGAUGAAAACAUGGAUGCGGUGCUCGGUGAGCUGGACGGGCCGGUUGGGCUGCGCAUCCGAUCCGAGAAUUGCCACAAGUUGUCCACUGCUGAGUGGCAGGCUUUAUUGGAGGAAGAGGCCAGUGCAAGACACGAGCAAACUGCAAACGCUGAAAUAAGCUUCUAUCAGGCCAGCGCGCCAGUUUUGAAAGAGAAGGGACACCUUCAAGUAGGAAAAGCGCCGCUGUUGGGAGAUCGCCCUGUGAGCGUCCUUCAAGCCAAUUACGCUCGGGACUUACAAAAGAUGUAUGACGCUGGUGUAUCCGCUGGGAAUGGCACAGAGACGCAAAGAAAUUUGAUGCGUAAAACUAUUUCAGAGACUACCGAAGUCGAGGCCAGGAUGCAGAAGGAAAUGCUGAGAUUGUCUACACGGUCUAAUUUUACUUUUGUUCCGGACAGUGGCCAUAGCAUCCACAUGGAGAGACCAGAUGCUAUUGCCGACCAAGUUCAGUGGGUGUUGGAUCAGCUGAAAAUUCAGAAAUAA